AUGCAUCGGUGCAGCGUUGUGGACAUGGAGGAUGGACAGGUUAUCGAUGAGGGACUUGCUGUGUACUUCUCAGGGCCCAGGUCAUUUACUGGAGAAGAUGUGCUAGAAUUACACGUCCAUUCGGGAAAAGCCAUCAUAGCCUCGAUAAUGAGAGUACUGAGCCAGAUCCCUGGAUGUCGAAUGGCCGAACGAGGAGAAUUUACGCGUCGGGCAUUUGACGCGGGCCGAAUGGAUCUCACUCAGGUCGAGGGCUUGCGAGACCUCAUCGACGCUGAGACGGAGGAGCAACGUAAAUGGGCUCUUGGUGCGACACAGGGAGCGAUACGUGAAGAAGUUGAAGCUAUUAGAAAGGAGAUUGUUACCUGCCUCAUGUUAUGCGAGGCUGAAAUCGAUUUUGGAGAUACAGAGGAUAUCGACACGGGAGUGGUCAAGCAAGCACACGACCGUGCCGUGGUCCUCAGGGACAAACUCAAACUGUACCUAAGUGACAGCAGAAAGGGGGAAAUUAUGCGCAAUGGAGUACGUAUCGUUCUAUUUGGUGAGCCUAACGCUGGCAAGAGUUCUUUGCUUAAUUGGCUGGCCCAACGCCAAGCUGCGAUUGUAACGCCCGUACCUGGAACGACGCGAGAUAUUCUCGAGGUGGCGCUUGACAUAGAUGGGCUGCCCGUCAUUGCGUGUGACACUGCUGGAAUACGAAAAACGGAAGAUCUUGUCGAAAGAAUAGGUGUCCAAAGAGCCGGAGAUGCGUUAGUACUGAUUCCGACCCUCUUCCAUUCGUGCCGACUUCCUUUUCGCGCGCGCCCAGCUCCACAGCCAUCGUCACCUUCUGACGAUCGAGCUCGGCUGGAUCGUCAUAUGACUGCUUUGAUCAUUGAUUUCGAUACUGACUUGUUUUUUAUGCGCCGCCGGGCCCUUUCCAGCGUCCGACAGGCAGACAUAGCCAUUUGUGUUGUCUCGCUUCCCGAGUUGGAGGCGCGAAAUAAACUGGCCACCCAGCGCUGGAACCACCGCGGCAGCGCGAUUGGAGGGAUUGAAGCGUGGCCGCCGCCAGAGCUUGGCGAACUGAUGAGCUCGCAAACGUUGGUUCUACUGAACAAGCUCGAUGUCGCCAAUGAAUCAGCGGCUCGGCAUGCGGAGUACCUCCAAGUCCCAGGCAUGGCCGAGGAUGAAGCGGGAGCGCGCCGUGGAGAAGAGAUUCGAUGCUGGCGCGCAAGCGUCACCACUGGAGAGGGCAUGCAAGAGUUUAUCAACGGUUUGGUGCGGUGUAUUCGCGAUCGGUACCAACUUUCCGGGAGCCAAGGCCCAGGAGGUGGAAUUCAGAUAGGGCACGCUCGUCAGCGACUGCACAUGGAGAAUGCUGUCAUGUAUCUCGAGGCCUUUAUUCAAGGUCUCAAUACGCACGGCCACUCCACCGUUGUGCUCGCUGCAGAAGAACUCCGUCGCUCGUACACAGACGGCGGCGAGGCCCAGCUCGACUCUGUCGACGCCGCCGAGGCCGCAAAGGGGGAUGGCGUUGCCCCCAAGUCUCCGGCAGAGAUGGAAGCUGAACGACGUGCCGAACGACGCUCACGAUACUACUCUGCAGCGUCUGACCCACGCCUACGCCGCGAAUGGGACCGAAUCCUCCAAGAGGACCAACGCACUCGCUCAAGACGACCCGCGAGCGCCGGUGUGGCCGUUUCCACAAAACCGAGUAGACCUGUCUUUGCGUCUGUGAAUGAGCAAGACGGUCUUCAUGUUCCCAAACCGCCAAAGGGAGCGGCAAAGGAUGACAACGACAGCGACGAAUUUUACACGCCCUAUGCGUCACCACAGGCUUCACCGCAGACUGCCGCACUCGAUCUCGCAAAUCAUUCACCCAUCCUGCAGUCGCUCACCGUAGCCGCCACUUCAGACAUGAACCAAGAGCCGCGACACUCCCGGCUCGGGUCGAGUAGCAGCAGCACUGUCAGCCAAAGCUAUGCAUCCUCGGUCGUUUCGUCGGAAGACAAUUAUACAAACUAUUCGUGGAGUGCAGGAACUGGCAGCGAACAUACACAUAUUACCAUUUCCUCGUCACGGUCCAGCCGCCACUCUAAACAGCUCUCCGACCCUACGCACAACAACAUGGCACCUCCGGCCGACUGGGCAAAGGACAUUCGUUGGCUCGUCGCUCCUGAGCACUCUUCCGCGGCUCCGAAACGAACCAUUUCUGCACCACCGUCGUCCUCCGCAGCAAGCACUCGAUCACGUUCCUCGAGUCGAAGUAGCGGCAGUCUAGGCAGCAGGAGCAAGACGGAACCUAUUCGCCCAAGGGGUAAACGACGAAUGAGCGAGAUUCAGGAAGAGGUCGAGGACGACGAUGGUCGGCUGUCCCUUGAUGAAGGGGCCGCCCGAGCGCCCCAACUCUCCGAUUUUGGCGUACCCCCUCAGCGUCGAAAGUCUCAGUCUAGUCAAUCGCGUGGGUACGGAAGAAAGAAGAGCCUCAGCACACACUCUGAGACGAGUUCGACGUCGUCUAUCCGAACUGUCGAUCUACCGCCAUUAGUCCCACACGCCGAACCAGGGACCUAUACGUCUCUCGUCUUUCCCCGAGCCAGUUAUCAGCCCUCGAAACACCCAGAGCGUCUCUCCAGCUCGGUUGAUAUGAUCCACAUCGGCGUCGGAUCGACGACAAUGACCACCAUUUCUGUCACAAAACAUGCAGCAGAGAUGCUCAAUCGCGGUCGCAAGUUUUCUCUACCUUCGAUUAUAUCCCCGAGAAACUCCAGUGAGACGCCGAGCCAUCUCCUCGAGGAGAGCACAGUCCCCAUCGUUGCCCUCACAUCUCAUACACCCACCCCAUCGAAGGUGCAGAACCACCAAGUUCUUGUUCAGGUCUGUUGUGUAGCGUUGGAGGGGAUCGACGUCGUGAUUACGAGAGAGAAGAGCAAGACAGCAGAAGGCUAUGGAUUUGUCCCAGGGCGUGGCUUCUAUGGCCGGAUUAUCGAGGCUGGACUUGGUGUUUCAAACGUACGCAAAGGAGAUUGGGUUGUUGGCUGUCUGGACCUGUCAAAGUCUGGAGCCUUGUCCGAAUUUCUGAUCGCUGAUAAGAGGAGGAUACACCGUGCUCCUCCUGCGACUCCUUCGCUCACUGCGGAGCAUCUUGCCGUCCUCGCCGUCUCCGGUCUCUUUGCUCAACGCGCGACGAGCACGCUACCAACGCCUUGCAAGGGUCAACGUGUUCUCAUCCUCCAAGCACACGAUGGAGCUGGCGCAUUGGCUGCUCAAGAGCUCGUAGCCGCCGGUGCGCGCGUCACGGCACAGAUUGCAGACGUGAAACAGCUGGACAAGCUCCGCGGAUUAACUCUCGACUCCGUCAAAGUCGGAGAGCCAUUAGCCGUUUUGCAAUCCUUUGAGCCAUCCGAGGAAGGCUCGUUUGAUGCUGUCCUUGACACGGUGGGCGGCAAGGAGAUUUGGGAGGCGUGUAAACGGGUAUUCGGAUCCACCGGCCAGUUUACUACCUUUGUUGGCGACUCUGCCGAUGCUGCAUUGUCUCGCAACGCGCACGUCAAGAGCAACAUGCGCUCGCUCAAGCUUGCCUGGAAGAGGCAAGAAAACCGAUCGAUUGGAUACGAAUGGGUGUCCCCAUCGGCAGAGGUUGACCAUGAAGGCAGGGACAUUCAGGCCUCGUUGGCCGCGACAUGCAACCUGGCCACCGAGGGCUACGUUCGACCACGGAUAUCGCCGCAUCUCAUCGUGCCAUUCGAACGUGCUCCGGACCUCCUUAACGGCUAUCGUCGAGACGGCCUCGCGGCCGAGCUCCUGAGUGGGGCUGUCGGUGUCGUGCGCCUCCAAUAA